CCAAGUGCGUUGGCACUAGAAUGCUUGUAUGCUCGUUGGUUGGCACCAUAGAAACACGAAUGUGAUAUUUACUAUUCUUGAUAAUAUUGACAAAUAUUUGAUAUUGAUUUGAGUGUUUUGGUUAGAAAAUACGAAAAUGUCGGAGUACGAAGUGUGUGCAAAAAGUCCAUUGAAACUCAAGAACGACUCUGGUAUAAAGAAAAAGAAAAAGAAGAAGGAUAAACAAAAAUUGCUGGAGCAAGUAUCCAAAGUAACUGAAGUAGCCCAAGAAGAAGACGCACCUGUGAAGGAGAUAAAACGGACGAAAGCUGAACUUGCAUUCCAGAAAAUGCAAGAGAAAAUGCAAACAGAACGUAUCAAUCAGAAAGCAUCCAAGACCCACAAGCAACGUGUUGAAGAGUUCAACAGACAUUUGGACAGCUUGACAGAACAUUUUGAUAUUCCGAAAGUCAGUUGGACAAAAUGAAGAACUUUACAGUCAAACUUCAUUGGUUGUGUCAUGUUCAGUAUGUAAUUAUUUUAAAUUUUUGUAUAUAAUUUUGAUAUUUCAUAACAUUGAUUAUAUAAUUAUUAAUUGGUAUAAUGAUAACAUGAUUUAUUUUUAUUUUACUGAUCAAGGCUAAGUUGUCAAAAUUAAGGACAUUGAUGUCCAAAUAAUUCAGUGUGAGAUGUAAUGGUUUAUUUUGACCUGUAAUCCAUCAAAUUUGGUAAUAGUUUCUACAAGUAUUACAACAGAAUGAUUACUUACAUUUCACAGUUUUUAAUGUGACCAAUAUGAACUUGCUACAUUUGCUGUAAUCUUAUUAUAAUAGAUAUUUGUAAAUAAAAGAAUGAUGUAUCAACAUAA